UCUGUGUGUCAAUAUUGUUUCUGGUUAAACCAAUACAUCAGAUACUUUAUGCCCCAGACUCUCGCUGGUCAACAGCAAGUAGAAACAGGAUGUUGUGGAGGGGGGUCUGGCUUCUGAUGUUCACCCUGACGACGGUCGCAGUGGAAGCCCAAGUCUUCCUGGACCGGAGUUCUGCAGAGAAGGUUCUGCGCUCCAGGCGUGCAAACAGCUUCCUGCUGGAGGAGCUCCGGCCUGGGAGCCUAGAGAGGGAGUGCUAUGAGGAGACCUGCUCCAAGGAGGAGGCCACCGAGAUAUUCCAGAGCCGCGAGAAGACGAUGGAGUUCUGGUAUCGAUACACUAAUCUGAACUCGUGUGUGACCAACCGCUGUCUGAACGGAGGGAUCUGCGUGGUGGACAGAGGACACUUCCUCUGCCUCUGUCCACCGCAGUUCCAAGGAGAGUCCUGUCAGACAGAGGUGCAGGAGUGUCGCUAUAGAAACGGUGGAUGUCUCCAGUACUGCAGCGAGCGGAUCCGGGACGGCACGCCGGGGGUCCAGUGUGGCUGUGCUGCCGGGUACCAGCUAGACCCGGACGGACAACACUGCUCAAAGACAGUCCCCUUCCCGUGUGGAGUGAAGCGGAACCAGCCCUACCACUACAGCAGAUCACUCAACCCUGAGCUGCCCAACGCCUCAGGCAACAUCACCACGGAGACCAACGUCACCACGGAGACCAACGUCACCACGGAGACCAACGUUACCACGGAGACCAACGUCACCACGGAGCUCAACGUUACCGCGGAUACCAACGUUACCACAGAGACGGGCGUUACUGUGAAAACCAAUGUUACCCUGGAAACCAACAUCACCAAGGAGAUGGCCGCAACCACCAAGACAAACAUUACCGCGGAAAAGGAGAUUCCCAAGGAGACCGAUGUCACCGUGGAGACGGAUGGCACCACAGACGUCUUGGAAUCGAGGCCGGUCGGGACCUUCAGGGUGUUGGAGGAGGAGAACUGGGCCGCCCCGGAGGCAGAGGGGCAGGGGGACACCCUGGACCCGAGGAUCGUCGGGGGGAACCUGGAGGGGCAGGGGGAGAGUCCUUGGCAGGUUCUGCUCCACAGGAAGGAUGGGUAUGGGUUCUGUGGCGGUACUUUGGUCUCAGAUCGCUGGGUCGUGUCUGCAGCUCACUGCUUCGAACACAGCCCUGACCACGUCACAGUAGGGGAUUAUGAUAAGAAGCGGCUGGACCUAGGGGAGCAAGUGAUUAAGGUGGAGAAGGUGUUCCUCCACCCUCACUUCCACUCCUACACCUUCGACAGCGAUGUGGCUCUCAUCUUCCUGGCCGAGCAGGUGGUGCUGGGGCCCACUGCCCUCCCGGUCUGCCUGCCAACCCCCCAGCUGGCCUCCUACCUGCACAAGGAUGACGCCUGGGGGGAUGUGACGGGCUGGGGGGCCAUGCAGUACCUCGGACCGUCCUCUCGGUUCCUCCGGAAGGUGGUGGUCCCGCUGGUCAAUCGGCAGAAAUGCAUUGAUUCUACAGAACAGGUGAUCACAGACAACAUGUUCUGCGCCGGGUACAUGGAGGCCGCCCGGGACGCCUGCAGCGGGGACAGCGGCGGGCCCCUGGUGGUGCACUACCGCGGCACCACCUUCCUGUUGGGCGUGGUCAGCUGGGGGGAGAAGUGUGCUGACAAGGGGAAGUACGGCGUGUACACACGCCUCGCCAACUUCCUGUCGUGGAUCAACGAAACCAUGGACCGGCACGAGAGGAACCAGACCCUGAGCCGAGGAACCGGGCCCAGAACCUGACCUCCGUGGCCCAGGUGGUCUAAGGACUAAGCACACUGUUCUCCCCACAACUCGACAUAAGAGACAACAGUUACUUAUACAAAUGAUUUGAAUAAAAGUAUGUUACAAACUUCUUCA